CAAAACCAUAAAAAUUUCUCUUUAAUCCUAUCCUUCAGGCACUCAGAUCACCGCGGCUCGGCUCGGCUCGGCUCUCUUCUUCGUCGUCGCAACAGCGUCAGUCCCUUCGGUCUCCUCUUUUAUCCUAAAAGGAGGCAACUGAGAAUCCUUCAACCAAUUGCAGGAGCAAUUUUGGGGCGUGAUUCCGAAGUUGCCCACAAAGUGUUUGACGAAAGGCCAACUAACUUGCAAGGCGGAAACGGGCGGGUCUCGGACGUUCCGGUUGGUUCGAGGAAUUUAGAAAAAGAAGAAAUGGAAGGGAAGAAGUAUGGUUUGCAGCUUAGAGUUAAGCCGCAACAGAAAAAACAGGCUACGAAACCGCCACUUCCUAAGCCACUUGGCUUUACCGAAGAGGAUGAUGAUAGUGUUGAGAGAGACAUUUUGCGCCUCGCCCACAAAAACAAAACAAACAAAGAUGUUGAAGAGCAGCAUAAGAAGGCCCUUGAAGAGGAUCCUUCAGCUUUCGACUAUGAUGGGGUAUACGAUGACAUGAAGGAGAAGCAAAUUCUUCCCAAAGUGCAGGACCGUCAGGAUAAAAAGCCUAAAUAUAUUCAAGCACUGAUGGAGAAAGCAAAAAAACGAGAAAGAGAACACGAGAUCAUUUAUGAGAGAAAACUUGCUAAAGAGAGAAGUCAGGAUGAACAUCUCUAUGCAGAUAAAGAUAAGUUCGUCACGAGCGCAUACAAGAAGAAGCUAGCAGAGCAGGCAAAGUGGCUGGAGGAAGAGCGGAUACGCGAAUUAAAAGAGGAGAAAGAGGACGUUACCAAGAAAACAGACCUCAGUGAUUUCUACUUCAACCUGUCGAAAAAUGUGGCAUUCGGAUCUAACGAGGCGGCCUCACAGAAACGAAAGAAGCAAUCCGAAGAAGAGGUGGCUCCCCCACCGGCUCAACUUUCUCCUGAAUCGACAAACACUGGUUUAGAAUCAUCUAGAACAUUUAAGAGUCACCAAGACGAGGAUGCCGAGGAUCUUCCUCCCAAUGAAAAGCCCGUUUCCAAUAAUUCAUCCGACGAUCAAGCCAAAGACAAGCCAUCCGGCAGCAACCAAUCGGCACCCAACGAACUGAAAAGCAGCGAGGAUACAGAGGUUGUGGAGAAGGAUCAUCAUAAAAGAAGUGACGAUGCAGUGGCGGCAGCGAAGGCUCGGUACUUGGCGCGAAAGAAAGCCAAGAUUUGAAGGUAUUUUGAAGAAAGAUUUGUGGUUUUUAUAAAUCUAUAAUCAGUUAAGUCAGUUGUGUUUUUGGGUACUAAGUUUCGGCCCUGUUCUGAAUUCUGAUUGUAUGAAGCAGGACAGGAAUUAUGGUUGUUUGUUUUGGUUUCAUUUUCGACAGAGGGUUCUUAUUGCCUUGUAAUGGAUGGUAGCUUCUCCAUUUAUAAAAAUUAUAUUUUUGAAGUA